AUGUUACUACGACUCCCCAAGAACCUCCAUUACCCUAUCACCAUCACCAAGAUCGAGAAACUGGUCGGCGACACCGUUGCUCGCAACGACGACAUCUUCUUAUAUUCAUACACGAUCAAGGUGAGAGAAGAGGAGCGGUAUGAGGUGAGGAAAGAGGAAGACAUACCGUUGGUGGAAAAGAAGUUUGUCACGCAUUUCUCCAGCACUCUUGAAGGCACGAUAAAAGCAUGGAGGGUCUGGCAAGGGGACGUCCUUACCGCGCCUGUGGACGUAUGCGAAAUCGAAGAGGAGUGUACGCAUGCUGUCCAGGCUCUGGGCAUGUGUAUCAAUUGCGGUAAGGACAUGACCAUUGUCGCAGUGGGAAGCGAAACUACUGAUGCUGACCGCGCCCCCAUCCGCAUGGCACACGAUACCGCUCACCUCACCAUUAGCAGAGAAGAAGCAAGCAGGAUAGAUGAAGAGGCGAAGCGCCGGCUCCUAUCUUCUCGCAAGCUCUCGUUGGUGGUCGAUCUCGAUCAGACAAUCAUUCAUGCCGCGGUCGAACCCACCAUCAGAGAGUGGAUGGAAGACAAGGACAAUCCCAACCACGAUGCCGUGAGCGACGUACGCGCAUUUCAAUUGACCGACGACGGCCCUGGGAUGAAGGGCUGCUGGUACUAUAUCAAGCUGAGACCUGGCCUUGCCGAGUUCCUGGACCAUAUCUCGCAGCUCUACGAACUCCACAUCUACACAAUGGGAACACGUCAAUAUGCUACCGAGAUUGCCAAACUCGUCGACCCGGAGAAGAAGUACUUCAGUGACCGCAUACUCAGUCGGGACGAGAGCGGCAGCAUGAUUGCGAAGAACCUCGAGAGACUGUUCCCUGUUGACACCAAGAUGGUGGUCAUCAUUGACGACCGAGGCGACGUCUGGAAAUGGAGCGCCAACCUCAUUCGGGUCACCCCCUUUGACUUUUUCGUGGGCAUUGGAGACAUCAACUCUAGUUUCCUGCCCAAGAAGCAAGAGAUACAAGCCACACCAACAGCUGAGCCUAAGAUGAUCACAGCCAAUGGUGCCGACGCCGGUGCAAAUGGUGAAGGUGAACGCAAUGGCAUGGCCGAAGACGGAACAUCGACCAUUCAGAAUGGCACUGCAGCGUUAGAACAGCUGAUCGCAAUGAGUGGCAGUGAUAGUCCUGCAGUACGCGAAUUGCAAACCAAAGACCAAGAAGAGAUCAUUAAGGUUCAAUUGAAAGACAAGCCCCUUCUCAAGAUGCAGCUCCAGCAAGACGAGAAGGACGAGGCUGAAGCAGUCGUCAACGGCGAAGCGACUACAUCCCAGUCCACAGAAUCAGACUCUAGCGACUCUUCAAACUCGUCAGAGUCAAAUUCAGGCCCCAAACAGAAAGCACGGCACAGCAUCCUGAAAAACGACGACGAGGAGCUCAUUCACCUCGAGGCGACAUUGACCAAGGUGCACGAAGCCUUUUUCGCUGAGUACGACCGAAAGCGACUAGGGGGUAAAGGCGGCCGAGUUGCCGAACUGACUGGCAAGCGUAAAGAGCCACUGCCAAGUCGAGAAGACAACGAGGGUCAGUCUUUGGAGCUGAGGUUUCUGCCAGACGUCAAGAGAGUCAUGCCAGCCAUGAAAAUGAGAGUUUUGGCGGGGGUCAGGAUCGUUUUCAGCGGCGUCUUACCACUGGGAACUGAUAUCCAGAAUGCUGACAUCAGCACGUGGGCUAAGACAUUCGGCGCCACCAUAACGGACAAGAUAUCCAGGGAGGUUACCCACGUGAUAGCGGCUCGCCCAGGCACUGCCAAGGUCAAGCAAGCGGUGAAGCGUGGCAUCAAAGUCGUCGGGACGCCAUGGCUGAUAGCAUCUAUGCAACAGUGGCGAAAAUUGGAUGAACGACCUUACCUACUGGAAGGGGUCCAGAAGCAGAAACAUGAAACCUUGAGCGAGUUGGGUGACAAUCUCGACAAGGCAAGUGAAAAUGUCAAUGAUUUCCUUCUCAGUUCGUCCGAGGGGGAAACGAGCGGGCUCGACACCGAAGACGACCAGCCCAAACGGAAAAGGCUCAAACUGAGCACCUCGAACGAUGACGAGGCCGGGGCUUAUGAGGAUGUUGUUGAUGACGGCAGUCCAGUUACCAUCAAUCAGGACGAGUGGGCUGAUAUCGAUGCCGAGUUGAAAGAAUUUCUCGGGAGCGACGCUGAGAGCGAAAGUGAUACCGAUUCGGUGAGCUCUGCCCUGAGCAUCCGAGACAGCCGUAGAGGCAAGAGAAGAAGAGAGGACGACGACGGAGACAAUAGCUCAGCCAGCGACGUGGAUCGAUCAUCCGAUCGUAAGAGAAACGGUACAGGUAGCGGCCUGAAGCAGGUCAAAAAUGUCGACAGCGAGCGUGAAUCAGAGGCCACGGAUACACCGACAGCCGGCACAACAGAGGAGCAGAUCCGUCUCGAACAACGAGAAGCCGAAGAAGCACAAGAGCGUGAAGACGAGGCGGUGGAAGACUCCGAUGACGAGUUAGCCCGAGAACUGGAGCGGGAGCUCGAGGAAUAUGACGCCGAAUAA